UUUGACUAGAGGUGGUUGAAGAAUAGAAAAAAACAUUCUACACUCUGAAUAUAAAUAACUUGCCUCAUCUCAGUUUCUGCUACCCAUACAUUAACAGUAAUCUUGCUCAGGUAAUUUGACUUCCUAAGAAUACACAAGACGUGGUUACAGAUGGAUCAUCAGUAGUACUUUAAAAAUAUACAGGUCGGUGGUACAGGAUCAAGUCCAUAUGGAGGCUGAAUCUCCUGUUUCCCAUGGAGUCACUGGCAAGGUGAUACAUGCUACUUUCUUAUCAGCCCUGAAGAUGUUGGAUGUUGGAAAAUGGCCAAUUUUUGCUCUCUGCUCUCAAGAAGAACUGAAGUUAAUUCGUCAAGCCUGUGUAUUUGGCAGUGCUGGUAAUGAAGUGUUGUAUGCAACUGAAAAUGAUGAGGUGUUUGUGCUUGGCACCAACUGCAGUGGCUGUUUGGGAACAGGCGACAUUCAGAGCACUAUUGAACCACAGAGAUUAGAUACUUUAUGUGGCAAAAAGAUAGCCUGUCUGAGCUAUGGAAGUGGUCCCCAUGUUGUUGUUACUACUGCAGAAGGAGAAGUGUACACAUGGGGCCAUAAUGCUUAUAGUCAACUGGGCAAUGGUACAACAAAUCAUGGUUUAGUUCCCUGUCAAGUCUCUACUAACUUGGUAAACAAGAAAGUAAUUGAAGUCGCCUGUGGCUCCCACCAUUCCAUGGUGUUAACAUCUGAUGGAGAGGUGUAUGCAUGGGGUUAUAAUAAUUCAGGACAGGUUGGAUCUGGUUCAACAGCUAAUCAGCCAAUUCCUCGAAGAGUUACCAGCUGCCUACAAAAUAAGAUAGCUGUUAAUAUAGCUUGUGGACAGAUGUGCUCAAUGGCUGUUGUAGAAAAUGGGGAGGUCUAUGUCUGGGGUUACAAUGGUAAUGGCCAGCUUGGAUUGGGCAGCAGUGGUAAUCAGCCAACACCCUGUAGAAUAGCUGCUUUGCAAGGCAUUCGUGUGCAGCGGGUUGCCUGUGGCUAUGCACAUACAUUAGUGCUAACAGAUGAAGGUCAGCUGUAUGCAUGGGGAGCCAAUUCGUAUGGUCAGUUAGGCACUGGCAAUAAAAGUAAUCAGUCUUACCCUGCACCAGUUACUGUUGAUAAGGACAGAGUUAUAGAAAUUGCAGCCUGCCAUUCUGCUCACACUUCUGCUGCUAAAACCCAGGGUGGUCAUGUGUAUAUGUGGGGUCAGUGCCGUGGCCAGUCUGUGAUUCUUCCACACCUUACACACUUUGCCUGCACAGAUGAUGUGUUUGCUUGUUUUGCUACUCCUGCUGUGACAUGGCGUCUCCUAUCAGUAGAACUUGAUGACCACCUAACAGUAGCCCAAUCACUGAAGAAGGAAUUUGACAACCCUGACACUGCAGACUUGAAGUUUCUAGUGGAUGGAAAAUAUAUUCAUGUUCAUAAAGUUCUUCUCAAAAUUAGGUGUGAGCAUUUUCGUUCCAUAUUAAAUAACAAUGAUGAUGAUAUUAUAGAAAUGAGUGAAUUCUCUUAUCAAGUUUACCGAGCCUUCCUGGAAUAUCUGUACACAGACAGCAUCAGUCUCCCUCCUGAGGAUGCAAUAGGGCUGCUAGAUUUGGCAACAUUCUAUAGAGAAAAUAGAUUGAAAAAGCUUUGCCAGCAAACUAUCAAACAAAGCAUUUGUGAGGAGAAUGCAAUUGCUCUUCUUUCAGCUGCAGUCAAAUAUGAAGCUGAGGACUUAGAAGAAUUUUGCUUCAGGUUUUGUAUAAACCACUUGACUGUGGUUACACAAACGACAGGCUUUGCAGAAAUGGACCAUGACCUCUUGAAGAAUUUCAUUAGCAAAGCAAGCAGAGUAGGAGCAUUUAAAAACUGAAGAAUGCUUGCUGCAAAGGAAGAUACUUUCAUCAUGGGAACACUUCCCCUUUGAAAAACUUAUCAGCACUCAGAAUGCCUGAAAGAAAAGAGGACAACAUCCAGUAAAGUCAGUGUCACUGUUGAUGGGCGGAUUUAGUAAGCUUCCAGGUAACCUAAUGCACAAGCUUUGUGAAGAUGGGUAUGGUAUAGAAAAAACAAUAGAUAUAAACAAUCUGCCAACAACUUAGGUUUAAAAAAAAAUCCUAAUGGAAUAAUUAAGUUUUCCGUUAAAAUCAAGUGGACUGGUCACUGUCUUCCAUUUGUAUUCCUUGUUUUCUUCCUUGAAAUAUUUUCAAAAAACAGUUCUUUAACAUCUUCAUCUGAGUUUACUGGAUAGCAUGAAGCUGGCUGUUGCUAAAGCUUUAUUAUGCACCUUUAAGGUCAAUCAAAGUAAAUGUGCUACAAGAAGGUUCCUUUCUGGUUAAUUUCUCACACCCUCUAGAGAAGUGUUGAGAUAGAUGCUUGUUUUGCUAACGAUAGGCUAAAGGGAUAUAUCAUACAAAUCCCUCUUAAACGAGCCCCUAAUGUAAAGAAAAAGCCACAGAAUGGAUACUUUGUAAAUUAGGAGCAGCAAAGGCUCAAGAGGAGACUAUGCUGAAUUUAUUUAAGUAUGAAGGACUUAUUUUAAAGGGCUAGUUUUGAGUUCUUGGCUCUUAAAGUCAUUUUCUCAGAUGAAAAAGAAUUGGUUAUUUUCCCCAGGGACUUUACCUCACCUUUCCAGUGGAACAGUAACUUCUAAUUGGUUUUGUCACAUAAUGAGUUAUUUCACUGUUAGUUUUGCUGCUCAGAAACACACCUCUUCACCUGCCAUGAAAAAGAAACUCAACAAAAAGGAAUUAUCAGUUGACUUUUCUACUGGUGUUUACAGAUAAGACAGGUGCUUGACAUGAAUUAUGUGUGGGGGAGGAGGGAUAGGGAAAGUUAUAAAUCAAUUCAAUGAUUAAAUCAUGAAAAUUAAACUCAAAGUCUUUUCAAGUGGUAACCAGGUGCCAUUCAAACACUUGCUAAAGCAAUAGGUGGAGGAGGUUUCAGUAUGCUAAUGCUUGCGUGGAAAGACUUUUGCACUGUGAUACAGGAUGUUGAGAUUAUAAAAUAUUUAUCAGUUUUGGUUUCUGUUAUGAUACAGAAGACUAAUUUGCGUGUAAAUUACUUAAUCUAAUUUCUGUUAAAAGAAUAGGUGAACUGGCUUCAAAAACUGAUGAGCCAGUGGUUAGGACACCACCCUAGCCUUGCUCUGUCAUAGACUUCCUGUGUGCCCUUAGGCACGUCUACACAGCAGCUGGGAGAUGUAAUUCCUAGUUCUGGAUCCAUACAGCUGCUAGCUCUGCUCCAGUUAGCACCUAAAAAUUGCAGUGUGACCAUCCUGGUGUUACCCCAAAAACAGACCCACGGUACCACCAGAAUAGCUUAUCUAUUGCCCCCUCCUGGGUUUAGCAGAGGUUCCCUUCCAGGUAGCCUCCUAACUUAUUACUCUGUUUCUGCAGGGUGAAAGGGGACCCGGCCUAGAGGAAUUACUCAGGUUUACUAGCAGUGCCUCUUUAGAAAAACUCCCCAGAAUAUCUUAGACCAGUUACCCUUGGGAGGACUCGGAUACAGCCUUCCAAUAGAAUUGCUAGAUACACAGGCAGUACUUUUCCAAAACAAAGUAUCUUUUAUUACAGUAGCACACUGAUGAUCCCUGGCUACAAUGUAAUCUAAGCAUAAAGCUCUGGAAAUAAAUCCCUUAACACAAUUUCUUAAUACAGAUUUAAAAAUAUCCCAACUGCAAUGUCAUACAAUUAGAACAGUAUUAAAUGUUGCACUCUGCAUACGGUGAUCAACCAUGUGCAGUCGCUGACAGCAAUCUUAAAUCUUCAACUUUAUACAUCUAAAACAAUGUAACAUUCAUAACACACACCUUUAUUAACCCAGACAUACAUACACAGGCUCAUUAAUACUAUUUCUGUUCUGUAUUUGCACUAUACCUAGCACGCUUACUCGCUGUAGGCAGCUUUCCCUCUGCUCUCUCAGGGUCCAUUCUGUUCUAUAGUGCUACCAAUAUAGUUACACGGAUAGCUCAGUUGUUUGAGCAUUGGCCUGCUAAA